CGGUACGAAAUGUUCGCGAUUCUGUUUUAAAACGUUAAUUAAAUAGCAAGAAAUAUGUCAGAAGAUUCCUCAGAUCCUGAAAGUGCUUGUAGUUCCCAGUUUGACCCAAUGAGAGUUUUAUACAGUGACACACCUAAGGUGCCGGUAACUAGUGCACCUAUAUUCGAAAACAUCCAACAGUUUGAGGCAUCUUUAAAACAUACGGAGAACGUUUUGCCGGUCGGCCAGCACAGUCUCGUUGAAAAACGAGAGCAGGAGAAGAAACAACGUAAGGAAGAGGAAGAACGUGCUUUAGCGGAGAAAAAUAAGAGGCGUUUCGCUCAGUAUGAAGGAAUGGUAGCUACUAAACCCAGGAGGAAGGUGGUGAACGUGCUGACGAGGAUACAGUCCUCCAUUGGACCCUUGGGCGCUCUGAAGGACUGCGUGGACCAGAGGUUGCGGAUUAAGGUGAUAACCCGCAAGGAGUCGGGCAUCAGGGGCGAGCUGCACGCCAACCUGGUGGCCUUCGACAAGCAGUGGAACCUCGCGCUCACCGACGUGCUGGAGAUUUGGAAACGGAAGGCGCCCAAGAAGAGAAAGAUCCCGCCGUGCUUAGGGACACCCGUACCAAAGGGCACUGCAGCGACCAUAUCCCCGGUGCCAGAAGUGACGGAGACACCCAUUGGAAACGGUAUUCUGGAGUGCACCAGGCAUCUGCCCCAGAUCAUGGUGAGGGGGGAACACGUGGUGCUUAUUAAUAUAGUGGAAAGGUAGCGAGUAUCAAGACUGGUAGAGUAAGACAAGUAUCAAAGAUGUAUGAAUUGGUUGGUAGCUGAUGCUAAAUUAUUUUGUGUUUGUAUGUUAUGUUAGUAUAGUAGUUUAGGUUUGAUCAUUAAAUUGUGUUGUGUUUCAAUUGGUUUGAAAAACAAUUGAAUGCUUCUGCAAAUAAAGUUUUCAUUAUAUACCUUUAUGGUGCACUUAAUAUACGUCUUUGUCUAUAUUGUUCCUAUAGUAUAGUAUAGUUUCAAAUCAACACAUUUUCAAUGAACUUACAAAUAGGUGCUUUUUGUGUUUUCUACUUU